AAAUUUACAGUCAAACACGUCAGGUUUAAUUUUUCAUAGCGUGGUGAAAUUCCUGUGACAAAAUGGGCAAGAAACAACAUCAGAAAGAUAAAUUAUAUCUGACAAACACAGAAUGGAGGACACAGUUUGGUGGAUACAAAGGGCGGUCGGCUACAGGGGAGAACUCCAAAUUCAGACGGCUGCCAUUCAGUUGCUGCAGCCUCUCCUUCCAGCCAUUCGAAAACCCUCUUUGUACCAAGGAAGGUGUGGUCUUUGAUUUAAUGAAUAUUGUUCCAUUUCUCAAGAAGUAUGGUAUAAAUCCAGUAACAGGGGAGAAACUCAGUGCAAAAGAAUUGAUCAAGCUUAAUUUUCACAAGAAUGGAGAUGGGAAAUAUCACUGUCCAGUCACAUUCAAAAUCUUCAAUGAGAAUACCCACAUUGUCGCAAUCAAGACAACAGGAAAUGUGUUCAGCUUGGAUGCAGUAGAGAGACUGAAUAUUAAGCCCAGUUUCUUCAGAGAUUUGUUAACAGAUGAACCAUUCACAAGAAAAGACAUCCUUACAUUGCAGGAUCCAACAAAUGUGGAUAAAUUCAAUUUAAACACCUUCUAUCACGUGAAGAAAAAUUUAAAGUAUGGAGAUGAAGAUGAGGAUGCUGCUCGGAAGAACCCCAUGUAUAAUCUGAAGUCUGUCAACGCUGAGACACGAGAUGUUCUGUUUGAGCUGGAAAGAGACUACAAGCCUGCGGAAAAGAAAGAGAAAGAAGUGAAGAAAGCAGAUUACCUGAAUGCAGCCCACUACUCCACAGGACAGGUGGCUGCCUCUUUCACAUCCACAGUCAUGGAACCCACCACUCGACAUGAAGCAGCGAUAAUUGACGAGGACGUAUUGCGGUAUGAGAUAGUGAAGAAAAAUGGCAAGAAAGGUUACGUAUCUCUGAUCACAAACUACGGCCUGCUUAAUUUGGAACUUCAUUGUGACAUGGUACCGAAAACUUGUGAGAACUUUAUCAAACUUUGUAAGAAAGGCUACUACCGAGACACAAAAUUCCACAGACUCAUUCGUAACUUUGUGAUCCAGGGUGGGGAUCCAACAGGCACGGGAACAGGCGGAGAAUCAGCCUGGGGAGAUGCCUUCAAUGAUGAAAUCAAACCCAACCUUACUCACACAGGUCGGGGGAUACUGAGCAUGGCUAAUUCAGGCCCAAACACCAACAAGUCACAAUUUUUCAUCACCUUUAGAUCAGCAAAACACCUUGAUGGCAAACACGCUGUGUUUGGGAGAUGCGUAGGUGGUCUUGAAACUCUCGACAAAGUGGAGAGGAUAGAGGUGGACAAGAAAGACAAACCAAAGAAAGACAUAGUGAUAGAAGACUGUCGUGUGUUUGUGAAUCCUUACGAGGAUGCAGAUGAAGAGCUGGCAUUAAAACGGGAGGAAAUACUUCAGAAACAGGAAGAGGAAGUUAGAGCCAAAAGGAAAUAUGUUUACAAGAAAGAACCAGAAGACGAUGCACCUAAAGCUUAUAAAAAGGGGAUUGGAAAAUACAUCAAUCCGACAGCACUGAAGCGGUCAGCGGUGGACACGCCCCCUCCCACAGUUAAAAAGAAAGCUACAGUAGAGGGGGCAACGUUUGGGAACUUCAGCUCCUGGUGAACUACAGAGGGCAAGGUUACGAGUCUUCAAUGCUGGACAUCUGGAAUGGAUUGUGCUCCGAAGUGACAAUUAACACACAUGGUAGAAAUACAGUAUCUUAUCUCAUGUUUGUUAGAAAUAAUAUGACAGACAUGUAUCUUCACAUGCAUUUUCGUUUUUCAUUGUAAUACAUGAAUAUGUUGUUUUGUGUAUUAAAUAUGUAACAUGCUA